AUGGCUGCCGCCGAUAUGAUGAAAGCGUUCGUUUGUGCGUAUGUCGUCUGCGUUCUGUUGGUUGAAUCUACCAGCGCACUUGCAUUCGAUGAGCUGGAAUUUUUAGAACACAAGUAUGAAGAAAUCAGUACCGACGCCGGUUAUGAUAUCGAUUCAUACGUGAAAGCUAAAUUCUCGAAGUCCUGUUAUGAGGCUAAGCCGGGAGACUUGACCGAAAGAUUUUUACGCGGGACAGCAGAUCUACAGGAGCGGAAAUGCGAGCAGAGACUUCCUCAGGCUAUCAUUAUCGGUGUUCGCAAAUGUUACUCUGGUCGUCUGCUUCAGUUUCUGCGCUUCCAUCCCACCAUUGAGAUGCGUUCCGAUCUAGUUCCACUGGAUCUUUUCAGCGGGGCGUAUGAUCAGGACCUAGAGCUGUACCGGAAACAGAUGCCUUUCACGACGGAAAGACAGAUGACGAUCGAAAAAACGCCAGAAUAUUUCAUCGUUCCCCAUGAUGUGCCGAAAAUCGUCCACGACAACAUCGAUAGCAACAUGAAGAUCAUCGCAGUUGUAUGUGACCCGGUGCGUCGUGCCAUUGCUGACUACGUCAGAGUGAAAUCGGGGAGUAACCCGUCUUAUGAAGGUAUGAUUGGUAACACUUUCGAAGAAACGGUGAUGGAAGCCGAACGGGAAGGACACGUCAACCAUCUGAAUGCCUUGAUCGAUAGCAGUCUCUAUUUCAAGCAUUUUUUGCGAUGGUUGCACUAUUUUCCACAAGAGAAUAUAUACCUGUUAGACAGUAAACUUCUUACCGUUGACCCUACCCGAGAACUGAAACGAUUAGAAGCAUUCCUGGGACUUCCACCCUACUUUCAGAGCUCGCAUUUCGCAUUCGAUGAGGAGUUGGGUCGUUACUGCAUCGUAUACCCCCAGCGCGUUUGCUUGCAAGGUGCGGCGAAAAAGACGCCAGAAAGACCAAAAGUAGCAGGCGACACCUUGAAGACUCUUUACGAAUUCUUCGCGCCUUACGACAACUCAUUGUCCAACACUUUUGGGCAAAAACUUUCUUGGAGUGACAAGUACGGGCCAGCACCACAGAAAAAAUAG